UAAGUAGCAUAACUCCGAAUUGUAUGAAAUUCCAAUUGAAGGUACCCAAGUGAACUAUCAAGAAGCGCAGAAGCAUACCAGUUAGGUAGCUUCCGGAGCAAUUGAUAUGGGUAAAAGGGGGGUUAUGUGCGAUGGUUGGGUACAUCACGUGAAAACAUCUUAGGCAACGGAUAUGAAAACUGACCGCGAAUCGAAUUAGGACUUAGCUUGAGGCUUAAUGUUAUACAUACCUCAUCAAUAAGUCUGUAUCAAAUUUUGCCAACGUCGCUUUUCGAGUUGACACUUUAUCGGCCGUUGUUUUUGUCAGGGCAUAAAAAUCGAUUUCGGGUGUUUCUUAGUCCUGCGCCACCUGAAGGGGUUGGUAAAGAUGUUGUCCAUUCUUCGAAAAGCCCGGCUGAAGGAUAAGGAGAUGAGAAUCCUGAUGCUGGGCUUGGAUAAUGCAGGUAAAACGACGAUCGUCAAGAAGGUGAUGAACGAGGACGUCAACACCGUCAGUCCGACCUUGGGCUUUAUCAUCAAGACGAUUGAUUAUGAGGGAUAUAAAUUAAACAUAUGGGAUGUUGGCGGACAGAAGACACUUCGUUCAUACUGGCGCAACUAUUUCGAGAAGACAGAUGCUCUCAUCUGGGUUGUCGAUGCGACGGAUCGGUUGAGAAUCGACGAUUGCAGGGAAGAGCUUCAUGGACUGCUACAAGAAGAGCGUCUCUCAGGUGCAAGUUUGCUGGUAUUCGCUAACAAGACAGACGUGCAAGGAUGCAUGGACGAGACUGAGAUUCUUGAAGGACUACAGCUCGAGGCUAUUCGGACACACCGGUGGCAUAUCUUGCGAUGCAGCGCUAUGACGGGACAGAAUCUUAAAGAGGGUCUGGCGUGGGUAGUCGAGGAUGCUAAGGCGAGAUUGUUUUUGUACUGAUGGUCCUA